GUAUGAAUGGACAGACAACAACGAAUACAUUGAGAAGGAGAGACUCGCCAUGCCGGAUGUCGAUACCUCCAACGCCUGGGUCUAUGAAGGGUUUCUCGCUCUCACUGUUCAUGGACUACUAUGGAUCUCCCUCCGGUCAUGGAUCUAUAUUUCAACCCUACGCAAGCUUGGUGAAUCCCCUAAGGCGAUUGCGUAUGACAAAUUUGCCCUAUUCAUGGCCAAUUUCUCUGAAACAGGAAUUACGACUCUUGUGCUCAUUCUGGUUAUUGGAGUUCCUCUGAUGGUUCCGACCGUCUGGGAGGUUGUUUCCAAACCAAACCGCCAAGGUUUUGUCUGGCUCGCAAAGAAGGUCAAAAUCAGCUACUACGCAGGCGGAGUCUGCUUCAGGCUUCUUCUGGCUGUCAUUUCGGUCGUCGUUACCGCGAUGAUAUGGACACAUGCCAUUCGAGAGGUUAUGAGCGUUGGGAACGGCCAAACACAGCUUUGGAACGAGGCCUGGAAAGUACCAAAUCCAAGCGCAGAUACCAUCUACGGCGUUAUUCUAAGUCUCUGGUCGUAAUCGUGUCGGAUCAAAGAAUCAGCAAUACCUUCGCCCUCCCAAAAUUCGACGCGUGACUUCUACGCUUCGGGUCUAAGACAUUGUUUGGAAUCUUUUGCAGUGCAUUGAUUGGAGUACGUAUCCCUUGCAAUGAGUUUUACGGAAAAGUAGUGACGAUGAUACUUUUUCAGGGGGUUAUGAGGAGACACAUGCCUGGGAAGUUUAUCUCCUGCGUGAGGAACCUUAAUCAAAUUCGUGGACAGGAACUUGCCGUUCGCAGGAGUGUGAUUCUGUGGGUCAGCGAACUGGCAUGUCAAAUGCU